UUGCGCAGCGUUGACAGUCACGAAAGCAUCUUGUGACACCAGGAAGAAAGUGACUACAAAUAUAGGAUGCUGUGACUCCUUUGCCACUUUAGUUCUCAUCCCUAUAUUUUAUUGGAGUACAAUGGCUUCAAUUAUUAAAGAAACACAGAGCAUCAAGGAAGCGGUGACUCUCAUCAAUGCCAUAGACGUGAACAAGUUCUCCAGAUUGAUCUCUCGCAUCAUCCAAAAGCUUCAUCUGAAGGGAGAACGAACAUUUAGCAAAGAGGAAGAGGAAAAACUUCAAACGGCUCUUUCACUGGACAAACAAGCUCUCAACUUAGUCCUGGAAACGUCCGCUUUCAUUCUCGAGCAGGCGGUGUACCAUAAUGCGAAGCCAUCCUCCCUGCAGCAGCAGCUUCAGGGGAUCAGCAUGAACCCCGAUAAGGCCGAAGCGUUCUCUCAAGCGUGGUCCACCUCUGGCCCUGAGCUGGUGGACCGACUAAAGCGCAAUAUCUUUGCCCCCAAGAAGCUGGAUUUUGUCAACUGGCAGUUGAACCUCCAGAUGGCUCAGUCCAGCCAGGCCAGACUCAAGUCCCCCAGUGCUGUGCUCCAACUAGGCCUCCGCAAUGAAGACUCUCAGGUUGGGGAAAAUGUUUUUGUUGAGCUGAACCACCAGGAGCUGCUUGAGUUCUACAACAAGCUUGAAAUUGUGCAAGGCCAACUGGAUUCCCUGAUUUGAUCAUUGUAAACCACACACACACACACACUUAAAUAGUGUCUUGCUGACAGCUUAGAGCAGAUUUGUAAGAAAAACAAGAAUACAACACAACUUUUUGUCUUCAUUUAUGAAAUGAAUGCUAAAUGCGAUUGUGUGCCAUAUUUUGUUGUAAAAAUGUAAUUUCAGAUGUUUUUUUUCAAUAAAAUCAUUUUUUAAGCA